CGCCGCUGACCCGCCCUCCCAUUGAGAAAAAAUACUUACAGACAGGUUGCGAGGCAGGCAGAGGCGGGCAGGUAUCCUUUGAAUCAGCUAGCCUUUCCGCGCAGUGCACAGACAGGACAGUCCUUCCUAAUUAUUCUUGCCUGGCUCAACUUCCGCUCGUCACCCUACAUGUUAUAACUCGAAAAGUUCUCCUAGCAAAACCUCUUGUCUGUCAGUCUCACAAACUCACGACCAACCAGUCCGCCUCGUGGGGAAAUCCCUCUGCCCCUCCAAAAAAUCAAGCCACGGCCUGCCCCCGAUACGCAGCGAUUGGAGUCCACCCCGCGCUAAAAUAUUCAGCUGCGGCACCUACAGCCCACCGCCAGCAGCACUGCACUGCACUGCAUACCAGCCCAGCCCACGGCCCAAGCCAGAGGCCCGAGACCAGUCGCAGUCGUACGACCUCAGCAAGCAAGGUACAUAGAUACUCCGGUGAAGAAAGGGGGCGUCUCCCGACCUUUUCCUCCACCAUGUCAACCAUGUCCAACGAGAUCAAGCUGCUCAGUGGGAAUUCCCACCCCAUCCUGGCGCGGCUUGUGGCCGACCGGCUGGGAAUAGAGAUCGCGAAGACCAUGAGUCUGAACUACUCGAAUCAAGAGACGAGUGUCACAGUCGGAGAGUCCGUACGAGACGAGGAUGUCUUCAUCAUCCAAUCCACAGCACCCGGCGACAUCAACGACGGGCUCAUGGAGCUGUUGAUCAUGAUCCACGCCUGCCGGACCGCAUCCGCGAGGCGCAUCACCGCCGUGAUUCCAAAUUUCCCAUACGCGCGACAGGACAAGAAGGAUAAGAGCCGAGCGCCCAUUAGCGCCAGGCUGAUAGCCAACAUGCUCACAACCGCUGGCUGCAACCAUGUGAUCACAAUGGAUCUGCACGCAUCGCAAAUCCAAGGCUUCUUCAACGUCCCCGUCGACAACCUGUACGCCGAGCCCUCGGUCCUGCGCUGGGUCCAGGAGAACCUCUCGAUCAAGGACUGCGUGAUCGUCUCCCCCGACGCCGGCGGCGCCAAGCGCGCGACCUCGAUGGCCGACCGGCUGGACCUGCCCUUCGCCCUCAUCCACAAGGAGCGGCCCCGGCCCAACGAGGUCGGCCGCAUGGUGCUGGUGGGCAACGUGGUGGACAAGAUCUGCAUCCUGGUCGACGACAUGGCCGACACCUGCGGCACCCUCGCCAAGGCCGCCGCCGUCGUCAAGGAGCACCAGGCCCGCGAGGUCGUCGCCAUCGUCACCCACGGCAUCCUCAGCGGGCCCGCCAUCGACAACAUCAACAAGAGCGUCCUGUCCCAGGUCGUCGUCACCAACACCGUGCCCCUCGGCGACAAGCUCGACAGGUGUCCCAAGCUCAAGGUCAUCGACGUCAGCGGCACCCUGGCCGAGUCCAUCCGCAGGACGCACAACGGUGAGAGUGUCAGUUACUUGUUCACGCAUGUCUUUUGAGUAGAGAAUUCGGCGCCUAGAGGAAAAGAGACUGGAAAAUUGGGUUGGGUCUGGGUGGUACUUCAUGAACCGAGGUUUGCAUUUCAGGAGGAACCGCUUGUUCCUCGGUCUAGAGCAGACACAGGUCGGAAUGAUAUUCAAAAAUAGAGUCCCAUAGUCCGGGAAAAGUGUACAGCUAGCUACUGGUGCACAAAGGGGGGGGGCUCUGCAGCAAGGAAGAGUAGGACCGUCCAGCGUGCUGCUGAUGGCCUGAAGGAGCUUCCCAAGACGUGGUCUCGAAGGAUGAGCAGGAGGCCAAAACAGUAGUGUACAAACUCCGUACAGCAAAACUAUUGGAGUAUCUGGCUGUUCGAAGAAGUGGCGUUGCCCGGGUGGAAAGGGUAAAUGGAAUACAGAUUCACCACGGACAAGGAGUCCAUGUCAGUAAGUAGACAUUAGCAGAGCCGCGGAUAAUUAUAUGAGGUCGAAGGCGA